AUGGCAAGACAAACAAAGAAAACAAUGGAGGACCAUUCAGACUUGGAUGAGGUUGAUGCGUUUGAUGCGAAUAGAUCAAAGAUUUUACUAGAUGAGGCAGGAGAAUAUGGUCAAAGUAGAGAAUCUGAAGAUGAAAACUCACAAGAGGAGGUGAUGAGAUCGGAUGAGGAAGAGGAUGAUGAAGAUGAAGAGGAGGAGGAGGAGGAAGAGGAUGAAGAUGACAACAAAGACGAAGAAGAUGAGACUAACGAAGAAAAAGGAUGGGGUGGCAGACAGAAUUAUUAUGGAGGUGAUGAUGCCAGUGAUGAUGAAGACUCGAAGCAAAUGACAGAGGAAGCAUUAAGACAGCAGAAGAAACAUCUACAAGACUUGGAGAUGGAUGAUUAUGUUGACGAUGAGAUAUUAGAGGACUGGAAAAAGAAAGCUGACACUUUUGAUACUAAAGAUAGUAACGUUUCCCAGGUUGUGCUUGAUACAUCUGCUAAACUCGAAUCACUCGAUGAGGCUGAACAAUUAAAAUUGCUUAAACAGUCAUUUCCCGAAUUUAUACCGUUGAUGAGAGAGUUGGAGGAGUUACAGCCAAAACUAUAUGAAUUGAAUCAACUAGACCAGAAUUUAUGUACAAAGAUAAAAGUAGGCGCUUUAUCGGGAUACUUGGCAUCGAUUGCGUCGUAUAUGGCUAUAUUUGUUGACAACCUUCGUAGCGGAGAAGGAUUUGUGUCUAUGAAGGAACAUCCUGUAAUGGAGUCCAUAUUGAGCUCGAGAGAAGUGUGGAGGCAGGCAAAUGAACUCCCAAUUGAAAUCAAGGAAGAUACUGAGGAAAUAACACAUGAGGUAAGCUCCAGUGAUUACGAUGAAGAAGAGUUUGUUGAUGCGAAAGAGGAACAGGAUGAUAGUCAAUCUUUUGAAGAGGUUGAACAAGUGGAGGAUAUCCCUGAGGACAGCAAUCGUGUCAAUAUCGAUAUUCACAAGAAGAGAGCCAUCAGGCAGGCACCUCGACCAACCGGUGAUGACUUUACCGAAGCCAGUAUUGAUGAUGUCGACAUGGAGGACAAGACGCGUCGUAGAAAGACGUUGCGAUUCUAUACAGCCAAGAUUGAUAAAGCAGCUGCGCAGAGGGAAAAGUAUAACUCUGGUGACAUGGAUGUGCCAUACAAGGAGAGAUUGUAUGAAAGGCAGCAAAAGUUGAUUGAAGAGGCAAGAAAGAGGGGACUUGAGAAGAAGGAUAUUGCUGAUGAUAAUAACGAGGAUGACGAUGAUGCAUGGGAUGAAGAUGACAAUGACUAUUAUGAUGCUCUCAAACAAAAUAAGGAAUUGAAAUCAGCAAAUAGAAAACUAGCUCACGCUGCAGCUGCCAAGGCUGCCAAGGAAGGUAAAUUGGCUGAACUACAAGAAGAAGUCGGGCAAGACGGUAAAAGAGCCAUCAACUACCAGAUCCUCAAAAAUAAGGGUCUCACGCCUCAUCGCAAGAAGGAGUACAGAAACUCGAGAGUUAAAAAGAGAAAACAAUACGAGACUGCCAAAAAGAAACUUAAAUCUGUCAGGCAAGUCUACGAUAGUGAAAAGAGUAAGGGUCCUUAUGAAGGUGAAAAGACUGGUAUAAAGAAGGGAUUAUCCAGAUCUGUCAAACUUGUAUAG